UUGAAACUUCCAGGGAAUGAACUGCUGAGCAGAUUCAUACUGUAGUGUCAGUGGCUGCCACGGCUCACUGCAUUGCUCAUCUUGGAAGUAUUUUUAUUUAAAUAGGGACCAGGUCUUGAGCCAAGAGACCUAAGUUCUGACUGAGCAGAUUGCAGCAUUGGCUUCUGUGCCCUAUGCUAGGUAGACGUAUGCAGCAGCCCCUGAACAGCUGUACUUGCCCCGCUUCUAUCCUCUUGACUACAUAGAGAGGCCAGAGAGCAGAGAGAGAGGGCUCUGAGAGGCAUUGGCUGUUUAUUUUCCUUGUCUUAACCAACUUGGUCUGCCAUAACAAAAUACCACAAACUGGGUGGCUUAAACAACAGAAAUGUGUUUUCGAUGGAUUGGAAGCUGGGAAGUCCAAGAUCAAGAUGCUGGCUGAUUCAGUUCCUGCCGAGGCCCCUCUUCCUGAUGUGGCCUGAAACUGCAUGCUCACACAGCAGAGAGGGAAGCAGCAAGCUUCUGUGUCUCUUCUUAUAAGGACACUAAUCCCACCAUGGGAUUAGUAAUUAUGGUUAGACUUCAUCUAACUGUAAUCGCUUCCCAAAGGCCCCACCUCCAAAUACCAUCACAUUGGAGGUUAGGGCUUCAACACAUGAACUGGGGGGACACAAUUCAGUCUAUAGCAAACCCGUCCCAGAGGGCCUGGGAUGUGUCUUCCCGGAACAUGAGAGGACUGGGCAUGAGGAGACUGGGUGGUUGGCUGCGGAGAAAGAAGGUCAUGGUGACACUGCCAUCCUGGUUACCUUUGGACACCCCAGCUUGUGGAAUGUAAGAAGGCCCAGGAGCCAGUUCCCAAGCAUCUCCAGCCCCAGGUUCUCUUAGCCAAGCCCUGAGAAUACAUCAAGAACAGGUGAGGGCAUGUGGACGCAGGUGUGCGGGGGGCCUCCCAGCAGCUGUCCCCUCUUCCUGCUAAUGCUGCUCUGAUUUUCACCUUUGCUCGCCUCUCUCCAGUGCUGCUGAACACACCUCAUUCUGGCAAUCUGACUGGAGAGAGACAGUGUCACUGUGGUGGGUUCAGGGAUAGGCUCAGGACCCUAUUUGGGCAAGUAAGUCAGGAGAAGCGGUUGGUGGAGUCUUGGAGGGAAGUUGUCUUGCUCUUCUGAGAGUGUGUGCUCUCCCUUCCUCUGCCGUGCAUGUGAGAGGAAGUGUGUGCCCCAGAAGCUGGUGGUGCCAUCUUGCCUCCCUCAGGAAAGAGGCUCAGGAUGGUGUCGACUCAGUGGAAGGCACAGAUGAAGCCCGGAAAGAAACCAGGCCCUUGGGGGUGUUACUAACCCACUGGACCGUGACCCAUCUGAAGCCUGCCCUGUCUCUAGACUUUUUAUUGUCAGAACCAGUUGCACAGUGGCUCAGAGAGUAGACUUGGAGCCAGGCUGCCCGGUUUAUAGCCCUGCUUGACCUGUGUGAUCCGAGAAUAAUCUUGUUUAAUCUCCACAAGUUUGAGGACUAAACUGGGUGCCUCAGAGAAGUAACUGGUCGAGGUUGUAUCAGUAAGAAGGGAGCAGGGAACAGAUUCAAGCUCAGGUAUGGCCCACCCAAGUGCUGCUUGUACAUUCCACAACUGGGGAGACUCUGAUUUACUUAAGGGCUUCGAUUACAGUGGCAAAGUGAAUUAAGGGCCAGGAAAUGUGGCUUUGUGGUUAGGUAAGUUGAGAUUAUUUCAGCUGAAGAGAAGAAUACUGAAGAAGUCACUCGAUCUUUAGAACUAUAUUCAAAGAUCAUUUCCUUUUUUUUUUUUUUUUUUCUUGAGAUGGAGUCUCACACUGUCGCCCGGGCUGGAAUGCAGUGGUGUGAUCUUGGCUCACCUCCCAGGUUCAAGCGAUUCUGCUGCCUCAGCCUCCUGAGUAGCUGGGAUCUCAGGGAGCCUGGUUGGACUUCAGGCCCCUGUGAGGCUGACUCUGUAGUCCUGGAGAAACUCAACAGCCAGGAACUUAGGACCAUUUGUGUGUGGCAUUUGGGCUAACCAGACUGGUGGCUUCUAAAGAAGAUGGAAAGCAUCACGUUUCCUGUAUUUAAAUUAUUUGGUGAUCUCAAUACUGGUUGUUAGCCAAAGUACACAAUGGAGACAGCCUAUUUGCUCUACUACUUUUGAUGUAGAAAUAUUACUAAGCUUGAGCUGAUUAAUAGAACUGUUACACAUUUCUGUGCUCCCCUUACUGGUGGCAUGAAACAAUUCUUUUAAAACCUGCCAUGUGUUCACAUUUAAAACUAAAAGUAAUUUAGAUUACAUGGAUUUGAGAAGCCCGUGUUGACACAUAAUUGCCAACAGAUGGGCUUUCAAAUGUAAUGAAGUGAAAAUGGUCAGUACCCCAUGUGUUGGAUUUUGCAAUUUUCCAAAGUAAGCCGUCAUUUUUGGCAUGUCAUGCUAGUUAAGAACACAAUGUAUUUAUAGCUCAAUUAUACAUUUUCUGAUGAAUUUGGCAUGGCAUUUUGUUUUUCCAUCAGUCACUUAAGACAGGACAUUUGCCAUUCCAAGAAUGAAUUAACACUCUUCUAAGUGAUCUAUAAACUGAGAUGUAAAAUAAAUUACAAAUUGGGACUGUUUUAGUUUUUCAAGCAAAGGGUAUUUAAAUAAAGCCUGAAAUCAUAAACCUUAUUUCCUGUUUGAGAAGAUGGUGUAUUCGUUACAGAGUGAAAUAAAGGAUUUUAAUGGUUUUUUUUUGUUUUUUUUUUUUUCCGGCAAUAAUAGUUAGAAUCUUACGUUCUUCAAAGAAAAUUUCAAAGAAAAUUUGUAACACUUGUUAAUAUUUGUAUACCAUGAACUUUCUGGAGCGAUUGAUUUAUGCAAUUCUGUUUAUGACACUGGCGUUCAUCAGUGAAAUUUGCAUAGAGUAUGUUAUCAAGGCAAACCAAAACCAACUCUUCAUACCACAGGGGAAGGCGUCUUCCCACAUGUGGCAGCCUAGAUAACAGGACAGUGUGUUAGAAAGCCCUCAUUCUAUUUUCCCCUCUUCACCAUUAUUUCUACAGGGUGCACAGCAGGGCAUAUGUAUAAUAGUGAGAGCAAACAGAAGUACUGAUAAAUCAACCUGGCUAAUAAAUAGACAACACAAUCACCUAGAUGACUUAGAAUACGUGAAUACAUACAGACAGAGGUUGGUUGAUUCCUUGGAGUGUUCUUAUGACAGUGCUGAUUUGUUUGCGUGGUUAGUUGUUAAAAUUUGGUGCUCCUGCAGGGAGGAUGAUUGGUGCAGGCUUCUAUUCAGCCAUCCUACCCCUAGUUCCUUGGAAUGUAAUGUGCAGUGGGUGGAUCUUCAAGUCCAGAAGCAGAAAAGCUGGAUUUGUGGGCGUUCAGAAGAGUCAGCAUGUUGUGAGAGCAGCAAGGGGCAGACUGGUCUGGGCAGAAGGUGUGGGCCGAGUGAAUGAAUUGUAGGGAAGACCAAACAGAACAGCAGUGAACCUGGCUGGAAUCAUGCCAGUGGCUACUUGGCAGUAAAGGAAAAAGGUGGAAAACCUUGAAGCCCAGCAAUGGGCAUUUGCUCUUAGAGGCUUCUCUAAAGUCCCUGCACACCUAGCCUUGAAAAGAGCCUACUGUGCACAGGGUGAGUUGGGUUGGAUUAUUUUUUUGAAACAAAUGCCACUGUAAACAUGUUUUUCUCUUCACUGGUAAAUAUCAGAAUUAUGAUGAGGCUUUAGGAUAAGGAGAUACUAUUGUUGGCUAAAAUGAAAUUCUAUCUUUUGAUUCUUAAAGAACUAAGAAGGAUGGUACAGGGCAAAGAGCUCUGGUCUGAGAGUCAGAAGGCAUGGGGUCUAGUCCCAGCUCAACAACUCAAACUGGC